GUUAAAAUCACGUGCAAUCAGCUCUUUCCUUGGUGAUCACGUACUUCCAUAUUUUCGUAAUUACGUAAUUAGACUGUUAGAGUAUAGCUUGCCGCAGCACUAUAAAAUCUCAUGUAAUCGCUCGGCUCUCUCUGAGAUUUUAGUGCAAAUUAAAAGACGACCGAUAUGGACCUUUUCGCGAAGCUGCCGGAGGGAUGCAUCGCUGAAAUCGUUUCCUUCACUUCACCGGCCGAUGCAUCGGCGCUUUCGGUCAUCUCUAAAUGCUUCAAAUCGGCGACUGAAUCGGACACCGUUUGGAAGAAGUUUUUGCCGCCCGAUAUUGAUGAAAUCGUCUCAAAAUCAUCCAUUCCCUAUUAUUUAGCACCUACCAAGAAGGAUCUUUAUGCUUUCCUUUCUCAUUCUCACAUUCUCUUGGAUGGAGGCAAAUUGGGUUUCUUUCUCGACAAAAGUUCCGGGAAAAAGUGUUUCAUAGUUCCACCCUCAGAACUUGUUUUCCCCACGAAGAAUUAUUCAAAUAUUCCGAUUAUGGUACAAGAGCUAAAAUUCUCCAGGUUAUUCACUGCACAUGUUCUUUUCUUUAAUAAUGACGGGAUAUUCAACGUUUGGCUUCUACUUAAUUAUAUGGUUUCUUUUAAUAAGUCAAAUAUUAAAUAAAUCUUUUUUCGAUUAAGGUCUAUUGAUGUGGCUGUAUUGAACUCAAUGGAUGGUAGCAUGUUUUACAUUUUUGGGAGAAUCAGCAGCGAAAAGCUAUCUGAAGAAACACACUACUCAUCCUAUUUGGUGUGCAAACGAUCACCGAAGCAUAGCUACCUCAAUACCUCAUUCAGCGUAAGGUGUAGAUUUGUUGACAAUGAGGGUAGAGUUGUGGGUGUAAGUGGAGGUAAGGAGUUUCGAGUUCCCGUUUGUAGAGAUGACGGGUGGUUGGAGGUGGAAAUUGGGAGUUUUUUUAACGCGGGAGGGAAUCACAACAAUGUCGAAUCUUGUGUGUCAAGUCUUAGUCUCCGGUUAGGACAAUCCCUCAUUGUGCGAGGGAUUGAAUUUCGGCCGAGCUGAAACUACUUUUGGAGGUAUGAGAGAUUGUAGAUUUUUUAAAGAAUUCUUGGAAUAAAAAUAGAACCUCUAGUUAGAGAACAAUAUCUAGCUAGUGAUGUGAAGCGAAAAAAAAGUAACUUUUCAUCUUGAUAUACAUAUUGACUAGACUAGUUUGCCCAUGAGUACAUAAACAUUCUAGCUUGACGGUUGGGUGUAUUUGUUAUCAAUUUGCCCAUGUGAAUGGCCCUGCUAAGAAUAAUCGUAAAAUUCAAUACCUAAUCUAUUUAUCCAUGGUUGUGUAAAAAAAAAUCUAUUUAUCCAUGGUAAGGAAAUCGAAAUUCCUGAGUUUGAAUGCAUCUUUUACCCAGUCACUUCUCCAGGCCGAGUUUAUGUGACUUGAGAAUAUAGUCACUCGAUUUUUU